CCUUUCACUCGCUCGAUCGAUAUUAUCCAAGCGCGAACUCGAUCGAUAUUAUCCCCCCUUAUCGACACUCUGCUAACCGUUUCCUCCCCUUUUUUGUCUCUGAACGCAGCCCAAGCUAAACGGAAGAAGAAGCAGCCCAGGCCGCUGUACAGUAUCGAGUACUCGCAGCCGGAGCCAGCGAUCCACGACGACAGCGUGUCCCCAAAGCCGAUGACUCCUCGAAGGGUGAAGAGGAGGUCGGUGAUCUCGCGGGACGGGACGAGGAGGUCGAGCAGAAGGAGCUCGGUGAGGCAGUCGCGCAGGAAGAACCCCGUGAACAGGAUCAUGGACCACCAGGAGAGCCUGUACGCGAACACAACGGCCAGCAAUCUGACGAAUCAGAACGUGAACUCGUUGUCGCAAGGCACCCUAAACUACGACCGUAUUUCGAUGAGUUGGGACAGGGACAGGAACUCGAACUGGCAGCCGGAGGCCGUGAACAUGGCCGUGUCGACCCCGACCUUGUGGAAUCACCAUCACCACCACCACCAUCAUCAUCACAAUAAUCAUCCCUCGAACCAGGAUUCGUCGGCCAACAAUUACUCGAACUCGAGCGGCAACUGCACGGCGUCUGGCCAGAGUUAUCCCAACUGGGAUGCGAACAGCUCGACCAGGAAUCUCACCGACAAUUGGCAGCCGAGCGAGUUGAGCCCGAUGCAGUGGCAAGGGCAGAGCAACCCCACCUUCCAGCAGACAAGCACCCAGAGCUUGAACUCUGGCGAGGAUUUGGACGAGAUUUACAAUAACAGGCCGGCGAGCGCCAGGUCGAGUUACAGCAAUUAUCACGGGGUGAGGGCGACGCCCCAGGUCCCCAACAGGAGCGAUAUCGUCAGGCAGAGCCAGAGACAGUUCGUUCUCAGCGGGCCUCCCGCUUAUCAGGACACCGUGAUAUGAAGAGAUCGAGGGGAUAUUCGGGGAGAGACCUGCUCGAUCUUUUCUUCGGAUCGAGUUAUAGUCGUUGGAGAUUCGUUGUUGUUUCUCAUUUUUCAAGUAGCUUUUUUUAACCCUUUCGCUACGGGCGUCUUCCCCACCAAAAAUGUGUACGGUGCUCGAGAAAGAUCGUCAGCGGCCGUGUUCAUGCCUCUCAUGCUGCAAUCCGAGUUGCUUUGACGGUUUAUUAU